GACAAGAGGUUUAGCUACUGCAUACAGGAGCCUCGGGCUAGGGCAGGCCUAGAGACCGUGACAGAGAAAGAGAGGAGGGCUUUCGAGACGAUGCUUCGAUCGAUGCUAGUCUUCCGGCCGAACGAAAGAGCGACAGUACAGCAGGUAUUGCACUCCGAAUGGAUGAAAGGAUGGAGAGAACCGGCUCUUGAAGAGAGCUGGAGCACUGUCAAUUCUGUGAUGAAAGGGAAAUGA